AUGGCCCAGAAGACCACAAACCUCAUCAUCAGCGCUAUCGACGAUUUUAUCGACGAGCUUGGCUUCAGUCCAUGCAAUGUACCAAGCUCACCUGUCCCGCUCCCGCUCAACAUCAGCAAAAGGAGGGACCCAAGUCGACACUCCGGCGGCAUAUCCUUCACGAGGAGCGACUCCAUGUCAUCCGUUUCAUCAAACCAGUCAAUAUCUUCCACCGCCAGCUCGCCAAAUUUGACCUUCUCCGACUAA